AUGACAUCGCAGUCAAAAGUGCGCGAUCUUCUUAUUACAGGUAUUUCAACACAAUUUCCAGAUUAUAAUCCUUAUAGUAGUUCGAAAAAUGUACAAAAUCGAUCUUCGCAUCCAACAACUGGAUGUUCUUUUGAUCCACAUUGUCCUGAGUGUAUUCGGGAUUUAUGGGGACCAUUAUUGUCACCGUUUGCCUAUCUAAUUAAACAAAAUGCUGAAUAUUUUGAUGAAAUUAUCAAGCGUAUUGGAAAAUAUAAAUUAAAUACAAUGCCAAAUUCUUCUUCGUCAAAGCAAUCAUUAAAACCACCUAAACUCGAAUAUGAUGAUCAUAGAUUUUUAACUACAAUUGGUGUUUGUGUCUAUCGUACAUCAAAAGUGGGUUGGUUAAUUACUUGGACAUUAGGCUUCUUAUUAAUGAUAUUAGGUAUUGCAAUACUUGUAUUAAAAGAUUCACAACUUUCACCAUUGAUUGUUCUGCUACGCAUGAAUCAAGCAUCGCGAUGGGGUUUAAAAGUGACGCUGCAAUUAUGCUUCAUAGCAAUUUCACUAAUAGGAAUAUUGAAGAUGCUAGCAUCUUUACUUGGUCUCAUCGCAACAGCACAUCGAAAUCAAAGUCUCAUGAUAGGAACUUUAAUAUUUAUUAGUAUUCUCAUUCUAUUUGAAAUCGGUGCAGUUGUUUACUGUGCUUUUGCUCGAUCAGAACUUAUGUCAGAUAUUGAAACAGCAUUGACAAAUUCCUUUCAAGAUCAUUAUGCUACUCUUGAUAAUGAUCGAAUCACAGACGCUUGGGAUCGUAUUUUUCAAAGUUAUGAAUGCUGUGGAUGGCUGAUUAAUGAUUUUAGCAAUUCACAAUGGACUUCAUCUAUAGCAAAUGGUAUACCACAUUCAUGUUGUCGGCCAGGUGCAGUUCAUCCAACAUGUGAAUCAAUUUUAGCUCCACCAAAUCAAAACUAUGCUGGUCAAGAAUGCUCGAAUUCUAUUCAACAAUCAAUAAAUGCGAAUGCUUAUGUACCCAUUAUAUUUUCUUCUAUAGGUUUUAUUAUUAUCAUUGAGCUUGCAUCUACUGUUUUAACAUUCCUCUAUGCAACAACAUUAAAAACAGCUAGUCGUCGUCGCCGUUCACAUAAUGAAAGAUCAAUGCGAAAAUUUCAAGGACAACUUGCUUCUUAUACUGGAGAAAGUACCAAUGAUGUACCGUCCGAUCGAAAUCAAACCAAUGAUCUUCAUCAAUUAUAUGAUCCGUAUGGAUCUUUUCAUCAGACUCCGCCCAACAUUGAUCCAUCCUUCAUGUCUUUAACGCCAACAGUGAUUCAAGUAAAACGGCCCGAUGUUUAUUCGUAUUUUUACUAUGAAUGA